CAAAGAUGGCGGUGGCGUAUAAGGCUGUGAGACUUAGAAUGGUUAUUUUAAGUCAGUAAUCAGAACACUGCCUGUAUGCAUCGUUUUGCCGUCUUUGUUUGUGUUACUCUAGGAGUGAAGUUAUAAAAUGAGCGCCUGGGCUGGUUUUUCCGAUGAGGAGCUACGGAAGAUGCAACAGAAAGACUCAGCGAUGCCUGCAGCUGCAGCCCGCGGUCGGAAACCGGCUCCGGCCAACCGGAAUCGGCAACAGUUACAGCGGGAGAGGGCUCUUCAGCUAGCUGCUCAGAAGAUCACAGGAGGCGCGGCUCCUGGCCUUCCACCGGAGCAACAACUCGUCAGACAGCCGCCGAAGGUAGAGCCUGGGCCUCAGCCCACAGCCCCACCAGGAGCUCCGGCUGUCAAACAGGAGGUGCAGCAGAAACCCAUCGAGGUGAAGCCGACUGAAAACCAUCAGUCGGCUCCAGAACAGGAGACCCCGGCCAUCAAAGAGCUUGAGAAACAAGAGGUGGAACUGCGGGAAAAGACGCGCCUGGAGCAACUGCAGCAAGAGCAAAGGAUAAUCGAAGAGAGGAAUAAACGCAAAAAAGCUCUGCUGGCAAAAACUAUUGCUGAGAAGUCCAAACAGACUCAGGCGGAGGCCGUGAAGCUGAAGAGAAUCCAGAAGGAGCUUCAGGCCCUCGAUGACAUGGUGUCCAAUGAUAUCAGCAUCCUGAGAGGGAAGAUCGAACAAGCCAGCUGGGAAUACUCUGCUGCCAGGAAGCGUUACGAGAAGGCGGAGGCAGAGUAUGUGACGGCCAAACUGGACCUGCACAAGAAGACGGAGGUGAAGGAGCAGCUGACGGAGCACCUCUGCGCCAUCAUCCAGCAGAACGAGCUGCGUAAAGCCCACAAGCUGGAGGAGCUGAUGCAGCAGCUGCAGCUUCAGGCCACUGAGGAAGAGCUGGAGAGGCAGAAGGGGGAGGAGGAGGAGGAGGAGAAGAAGAGAAGCUGUGUGGAGACGCAGAGAGACGGGAAACAGGGAAACGGUUCAGUGGAGAAUCAGGAGGGAACAGUGCAAUCAGCCAAAGACUGUGGACCCACAGAGGAAGAGACUGUGAGGGAGGAGAGCGGAGGUGACGUCCAGCAAGAGCACCACCUGAUGACCGCACCAGCAAAGACUGAGCAAGACUGUAAAACACUAGAAAACUGCAUCCACAGUGAAAUUGUGGCCUCUUGACGAUCAGAAAAAAAGUGUUCUGCAAAAUCUGUGGACAUCAUCAAACAUUAACAUCAACACUAACGUGUUCCACUGAUGCUGGCGAGAUGAAAUGUCUCUGCAGUGAUGCUGUAACGUCCAGAGCUGCGUGUCCAACAUCAGUACAGAGCGAGUCUGUACAACUUUCUGAUAUCUGUAAAUGUUUUAGAGGAAACAGAAUGGCUGCCUGGAUUAUGAUCUUCCAGUAGUUUUUCCAGUGGCGCUCGGGGUGAAAGCUGGACGUACAAAGAGGGACGAGUUUAAGCUACAGAAGCAAAGAUGGUGGUUUUACUUAUUAAAUAUUGAAAAAGGAAGGACGUCCUGUUUUGUGUCACCUCUUCUCCUUUUCAAUAUUUAAUCAAGAUGACAAUCUGAACCGUAAUCACUGCUUUGAGUGUGCUUAAAAAGAACGGUAUUAAAGAGUAACAGGUAUCGGGGGAAGGGGGUGUUAGCUGCAGAUUCGUUCAUUAAAAACAUUUUCUCAUUGUGCUGAUAAAAGAUGUAAUCUGGGAGUUGCUGCACGGCCUUCAAAAGCUAUUUCCUGUUGCAGGUUAGUAGUAGAUAAAUGUCGUUUUUAAGCACUGACUAUCAAAAACUCAAGUAUCAGAAGUGGCAUUGAAUAUUAUUCUAUAUUUUACUUAUUUAGGUCCAGAUUUUGGUCACUUUAGGUUGUGCAAAGUUCUUGUGCAGCUGCAUGUACUUAGAUGUUUAACAUUCGAGAGCUUUGGCUUCUUUUGUGAAAUUACUUGCAGAGCAGUGAGGCAUCUAAAAAAAGUCUUUCUGGUCGUAUUGAAACUUGAGUAUUGUAUCAGCUCUAGUUUCUAGUAUUGAAACAUGUAAAACGGCACUGAGCCCUCAGGACACGUGUACCUGCAGGAUCAGACCGAAUCAUAUUCAGCUGCAGAGUAAAUCAGAGGAGCAUCCUGCAGCCAUUAUCCUCAAUCUGUGACUUUUCUGUGUGCGCUUCCAAAAAAAAAAAAAAAAAAAAAAAACUCUUCUUCCAAACAUAGUUUUACAUCAUAUAUGAAUUGUGUCUCUGAGCAAAGGUUGAAGUCAAAAGUCGACUGUUUUUGAUUGUUUCUUUGUGGCGGCGGCGAAAGAUGGGUCCUGUUUACUUCCUGGAAAGUCUCUGUGGCAUGCAGACAGAACGAAGCAUUAAUCCAGGCCUGAUCCAAACACAAACCCUCCUGUCUGAUGUGUUGUACAUGAACACGUUCGCUGGGCCGGGCUCGGGUUUCACAAAGCUAAUUCUGGUGUUGUCGGUGCAGCUGAGGAGCGGCGGGCCUCCUGAAUGGUAAGAUGAUAUCUGUUAAUGUGUGCGCGGAUGCUUUCGGCUGCAUGUGUUUCUGCAGACGGAGAGUUUACUGUCUGUCGCUGCUCGUGUGUCCAGAAUACAACAUGACAAAAAAUCUAAUGUUAAACUUUAUGCAUUAUAUAUGUGUGUCUGAAGUCUGUAGACUCUGUAGUUUGUAUGUUAAAUGAUGGUGAAGCAAAUGACUGACGCACAUGAGAAGUUAUUUAAACGGGGUAAAUAUUUAAAAAGGUGAUAUUUAGAUAUAUGCUACAGUAUGAUAUUUUACUAAAUAAACUUGAA